AUGGCAGCGGCAGCGGUGGACAAAGAGUUUCUGACAUCUCUCAGGACUUCGGAGCUGCCCAGGAGGCAAGAGUUUGUCAACGAACCCAUCACGGGCGCAGCGCGAACCCCGUGUUGUCCAAGGCUGCCUGAUCGUGAGCAAGUACCGUGGUUCUUGCGGCAGAAGGACCUCUCACAACGCCAACACCAGAGCAGAGUCCAGCAUAUGAGGCGUUGUUUGCCUCUGGCGCGGGUAACUUUUCCGACGAUGCAGGUGCAGCUGAAGGGUCAACCGAUCCGGCUCCGGUGCUAUGCAGGGCUCGUGAGGUCUGCACAGCUGCGUCGCAGGUCGUGCGUUGGGCCUGCGUCCUCUGAGCCAAGGCCGCCACGUCACGUUGUGUUGCAGCUGCGGGUAUGCCUCCAGCGCGGCGGGCACGGCGGUGAUGGAUCAGUUGCAGCUCAUGGUGACCGUCGCCCAGCUCCGAGCGAGCUGCGGCUGACGCUGGAGCAGCACGGCUGAAGGAACUCUGCCAGGGUGGCCGAAUCGCCGCACUCCCUGUGCUCACAGAGGUAGCGGCCACUGUUCCCGUUGGCCGCUUUGGGGCUGACCUCCCGGACGAGCGUUCGUGGCUUGCCCGCUGCGGCUCAACGGUAGAGCUGCUUGUUGAAACAUCAAUACAAUAUUUUAUGGAAGCGGUCCUUGGUGCUGCUGAUUCUGCCAGGAGGCCAGAACUGCAGGCGUCUCCUGCGUGGGUCCAUAUUAGUAUGGAAAGCCAUAGUAAGCCAUGAG